AUGGCCGUCGCCGCGCCCCACCCCUCCCCGCACGACGGCAGCCUCUUCGUCGCCUCCGCCGCCGCCGGCGGCGGCGUCCGGCGCUUGCGGCCCGUGCCCAUCGAGCGCCAGGCGCGGCUGCUGGCCGGCGGCGGCGAGUUUUCCGGGGCGCUCGAGCUCUGCGCGCGCCUGCCGGCGCCGCGGCGGCGGCAGCUAGAGGACGCGCUGCGGCUGCGGUUCUGCCGUCAUCUUUUCGAGGCGGGCGACGUCGAUGACGCGCUGACUCAGCUGUCCAUGUGCAGCGACGCGGGGCCGCUGCUGCUCCUGCGGCUGUUCCCGGGCCUCGUGCCUGCCAAGUUCCGGCCGCUGCUGCCUGACGAGGCGUACGGCGAGAAGCUUCCCGAUUUGGACGCUGACGAGGACGCCGCCGCCGCCGCCGCCGGCGACGGGGCCCCGCGGCGGGACGCGGCGGGCGGCGUCGACGCCAGCGGUACGACAGGCGCGCACACGCACGCGCACGGCCACGCGGGGCCCGCGGGGCGCGAGGCGGCGGCGGUGGGCGUGGUGGUGCCCUACCUGCUUAGUUACCGCACGCGGUUGCUCGCGGCUAUGGAGGAAGCAGCGGCGGCUUCGGCGGCGGCGGCAGCAGCGGCGGCGGGUGAGCAGGAUGGCGGCGGUGGCGGCGGCGAGGGCGCGGCCGGGCGGCAGCAGCAGCAGCAGCAGCAGCGGAAACCGGCAAAGCCCAAGCGGCCGGUCAGGCGCCCAGGCCAGCCUGGGGGCGAUGCAGCGGCGGUGGCGGGAGCGGCACAGCAGGGCCUGGCCUCCCGGCCGCCCGAGCCGCCGCCGGGCGGCGCCGCUGCGGGCGCGCCGGAGCCGGCAGGCAGCGACGACGGCGCGCCGCCGCCGCCUGAGGUUGUUGCGACUGUACUCGACACGGCCCUGCUGCUGGCGAUGCUGGCGCAGCCCGACACCGGCGCCGCGCUGCGCCUGCUGCAGCAGCGCAACUUCGUCGACGCUGCGGAGGGCGAGCGGGCGCUGGCGGCGGCGGGGCGGUACGCUGAGCUGGCGGCGCUGCUGCAGUACACGGGGCAGCACGCCAAGGGCCUCGAGCUGCUGCGCCGGCUCAGCCAGGAGCCCGCCUUGCUGCCGGUGAAGCCCGCGGGCGCGGCUGCUGACCUGCCCGGCCUACCUGGCGUCUGGGCGGCCGUCAGGUACUUGACCAACCUGACGCCCCCAAACUUGGCGCUGGCGGAGGCGCACGCGGGCUGGCUGCUGAGGGCCGACCCAGAGGCGGGGCUGGAGGCAUUCCUGCAGAUGCGGCCGCCGCUGCCCGCCGCGGCGGUGCUGCCCAUUUUGCAGCGCCACGCGCCGGAUUACUGCGUGGUGUACCUCGAGAGCGCCCUGGAGCUGGGGGUGGCGUCACCUGGUGACUUCCACAGCCUGUUACUAACGCAGUACCUGGCGAUGGCUUUGGAGGAGGAGGAGGGCGGCGGCGACAGGCAAGGGGCAGGGCCAAUGCAUUGGGAGAAAGUUGACCCGCCCGCAAGCGCCGCCAGGCACGCGCGCAAGCUGUCCCUGUCAGAUUCGCUGCUGGCCAAGACGCGCCACCCCCUGGAGAAACUCUUCCCGGACGGCGGCCCCCACGCCGCCGCCGCCGCCGCCGCGGCGCACGUGGCGGGCGGCAAGGCGGCGGGCGGCGAGGCGGAGGGCGGGGCCGCGGAGGGCGCAGACAGCAGCCGUCGCGAUGCAUACGACCGGCUCAAGGAGCUGGUCUACUCAUCGCCCCACAUCGACCCCGAGGUCGUGCUGGUGCAGCUGCCGACAGGGAAGCUGCCCGAGAUCAGGGCGCUCAUGCUCGAGCGCCUCGGGCGCCACAGCAAGCGGCAGCGGCAGCAGCAGGGGCCGUCGCCGGCAGCGGCGCGCGCGCCUGUUGACCUGGCGGCGUGGGGCGAGCUCGGGGCGAUACUCAGCCGCAAGGCCCCGCGCAUUGACACCUCAAAGGUGCUGGGCAUGCUCCCCGACGACCUCCCCCUGGAGUGCCUGUCCCCGCUGCUCUGCGCGAUGCUGCAGCACGCCACGGAGCGCUCGCGCAACCUCUCUGUCGUGCGCAGCCUGCGGCGCGGCGAGAACCUCGCCGCGCGCGAGGACCAGGUGCGCGCGAAGCAGCGGAGCGUGGUGCUGACCUCGGACCGCGCGUGCUGCAUGUGCCACAAGCGCAUCGGCGGGAGCGUGCUGGUCGCGCACCCCGGCGGGGCGCUCGCGCAUUACCUUUGCUACAAACGCGCGGGGGAGGCGGAGGGGGCCGCGGGCCGCGGCGGCGGCGGCGCGGUAGUGACAAACGGCGGCGGCAUCUGGGCGGUGGCCGGCCUGUGA